AUGGACCAAGAAGGACCCGCCAGACCGAGGACACCCCCCAAACCUCCGCUCAGACUUCUUGAGAACGAGCCGCCCCAUGUCGCCAAGGGUAAUUUGAAGUUAACUGACUUCGAGGUCAAGGGUACCCUUGGAACGGGUACUUUUGGACGUGUACUCCUUGUCCGCCUGAGGAAUUCACCCGGCCGCACAGGCAACUGCUUUGCGAUGAAGGUCCUGCGGAAAACAGAGAUCGUGCGGCUCCGUCAAGUAGAGCAUGUCAAUGCAGAGCGCUACAUCCUCUCGCGUAUACGGCAUCCGUUCAUCGUUGAUCUCUAUGCUACGUUUCAAGACAGCCUGAACAUCUAUAUGCUGCUUUCAUACGUGCCUGGGGGCGAACUGUUCACACAUCUUCGCCGAGCUGGGCGCUUCACACCCGACGUGACUCGGUUCUAUCUGGCAACCAUCACGCUAGCGCUAAAAUAUCUUCACUCCUUCAAUAUUAUCUACCGAGAUCUUAAGCCUGAGAACCUUCUUCUUGACACCCGAGGUUACUUGCGUCUGACAGACUUUGGUUUUGCGAAGACUGUCGACGACCGUACUUGGACUCUCUGUGGCACGCCCGAAUAUCUGGCCCCAGAGAUCAUCCAGUCUGACGGACAUGGAAAAGCAGCUGACUGGUGGGCCUGUGGCAUUUUGGCCUACGAGAUGAUGGUCGGUUACCCCCCGUUCUUUGACGAAACGGCCUACGGUAUCUACGAGAAGAUACUUCAGGGGAAUAUCAACUGGCCGAGGGACAUGGAUACCCUGUCCAGAGACCUUAUUAAAGCUUUCCUACAUCCAGACAGGAGCAAAAGGUUGGGUAACCUCAUCGGAGGACCGCAAGACGUUCUGGAGCACCCCUGGUUUAGAGGUGUGGACUGGGACGCAUUGGAACGCCGCGAGAUUCGAGCACCAAUCAUCCCUCAGAUAUCGGCUUCCGAUGAUACUCGACAUUACUCUCACAUUCCGCUACCUCCCACAGAGGAGAUACCGGGUUUGUUCAGAGAAGAGAGGCCGCCACCCCUAUACCAACGUUUUGACCCAAUUGCCUACCAGUUCCUUGAAUUCUAA